UUGUCGCACGCGGGGCUGGCCGUAAAGCGCGGGCGGAAAAAACAAACAAACCACACAGGGGAAAGGUCGCGCGCCUGUUCUGCGCCCGCCCCAGGUCGACGAUACCUGUGGGGGCGGGGCCGAGUAUGCAGAUGACCCGCCGCGGGGCGGGGCCGAUGAUGCAAAUUAAAGCCUCCAGGCAGCGCGUCCAGGUGAGCGCCGCGCCGGAGGCCAUCCAGAGCUAGCAGCAGCUGUGAAGAUUUAUCUGUGCGUCUUUGGAGAACGACUAACCGUCAGCAUGAUGUUUCUCCAACGACUAUUAGACCUCCAGUGGCAAAGAAUGACUCUGACGUGGGGGAGGCUGUGUGGCUCCCGGUGCAGUAGCAGCAAUGGAGCUGAAUCUCACUUGAUGCCCCUGCCAACACAAGCACAAGUGGUUAUCUGUGGUGGUGGAAUCAUGGGCACCUCGGUGGCAUAUCAUCUCUCCAAGCUAGGAUGGAAGGACAUUGUCUUACUGGAGCAGGGCAGGCUGGCAGCCGGUUCCACUCGGUUCUGCGCAGGCAUCGUAAGCACAGUGCAGCAUUUGUCCAUUGAGCUGAAGAUGGCUGAUUACUCAAGGAAGCUCUAUCAGCAACUUGAGCAAGAGACAGGUGUGAAAACUGGUUACAUGAGGACGGGCUCCAUCUCACUAGCUCAGACCCAAGACCGGCUGAUCUCGCUGAAGCGCAUAGCCUCACGACUCAAAAUCAUGGGUAUUCCCUGCGAGCUUAUCCCGCCAAAGAAGGUGGCCCAGCUCCACCCCUUUAUCAACAUCCACGACCUGGUGGGGGCCCUGCAUGUGCCCGAGGACGCCAUCAUAUCAUCUGCUGAUGUGACCCUCGCUUUGGCCAAUGCUGCUGCGGCAAACGGUGUUCAAAUCCACGAACGAACCAGUGUCAUCCACGUCUUGGGCCAGAAGGGCUGCGUAACUGGAGUGGAGACAGACAGAGGAAUGAUUGAGUGCCCAUACUUCGUUAACUGUGCUGGGCAGUGGGCUUACGAGCUCGGCCUUUCCAACGAGGAGCCGGUCAGCAUCCCGCUGCAUGCCUGCGAGCACUUCUACCUUCUGACGCGCCCCCUGAAGGCCCCCCUGGAGAGUAGCACUCCAACUAUUGUGGACCUUGAUGGGAGGAUCUACAUCCGCAGCUGGCAGGGGGGCAUCCUCUCUGGUGGCUUUGAAAAGAACCCCAAGCCUAUUUUCACCGAGGGCAAGAAUCAGCUGGAGAUACACAGCUUGCAGGAAGACUGGGAUCACUUUGAGCCACUGCUGAGUGCUUUGCUGCGGAGGAUGCCGGAUAUGGAGGCCCUGGAGAUAGUGCAGCUGGUCAAUUGCCCAGAAUCCUUUACUCCAGACAUGCGGUGCAUCAUGGGAGAAUCCCCCACCAGACAGGGCUACUUCGUCCUCGCAGGAAUGAAUGCAGCUGGGACAUCUUUUGGAGGUGGUGCAGGCAAGUACCUGGCUGAAUGGAUGGUGAAUGGCUACCCUUCCGAUAAUGUCUGGCCCUUGGACCUGAAGCGCUUUGGAGCUCUGCAGAGCAGUCGUACCUUCCUCCGUCAUCGGGUCAUGGAAGUGAUGCCCCUGAUUUACGACUUAAAAGUUCCCCGCUGGGAUUUCCAGACCGGCCGGCAACUCCGCACGUCUCCCCUUUACGACAGGUUGGACGCCCAGGGAGCGAGAUGGAUGGAGAAGCAUGGCUUUGAGAGGGCAAAAUUCUUUGUCCCUCCGGGGAAAGAUUUGCUGGCUCUGGAUCAGAGCAAAACGUUUUACAAGCCGGACUGGUUUGACAUUGUAGGGGCAGAGGUCAAGUGCUGCAAAGAGGCCGUGUGUGUCAUUGACAUGUCUUCUUUCACCAAGUUCGAGAUAAGCUCCACGGGAGGACAAGCUUUGGAAAUUCUGCAGUAUCUCUUCUCCAAUGACCUGGAUGUACCAGUUGGACAUAUUGUGCAUACGGGGAUGCUCAAUCACAACGGAGGGUAUGAGAACGACUGCAGCAUAGCCCGCCUGAACAAACGCAGCUUCUUCAUGAUUUCCCCCACAGACCAGCAGGUUCACUGCUGGGCCUGGUUGAAGAAGCACAUGCCCGAAGACAGCAACCUCUUCUUGGAAGAUGUAACCUGGAAAUACACAGCCUUGAAUCUGAUUGGCCCACGUGCCAUGGACGUCCUGUCGGAGCUCUCGUAUGCACCAAUGACGCCCGAACACUUCCCUUCCCUCUUUUGUAAGGAGAUGAGUGUCGGCUAUGCCAAUGGCAUCCGGGUCAUGAGUAUGACGCACACGGGAGAGCCCGGCUUCAUGCUUUAUAUCCCCAUCGAGUAUGCCCUCCACGUGUACAAUGAGGUGAUGAGCGUGGGGCAGAAGUAUGGGAUCCGGAACUCUGGCUAUUACGCCCUCCGCAGCUUGCGCAUUGAGAAGUUUUUUGCCUUCUGGGGACAAGACCUGGACGCUUUCACCACCCCGAUGGAAUGCGGGCGAGAAUUCCGGGUGAAGCUGGACAAGGGCAUGGAUUUCAUUGGGAGGGACGCUCUGAUGGCUCAGAAGCAGGAAGGGGUUUACAAGCGUUUCACCAUGUUCAUCCUGGAAGACCAUAACACUGACCUGGACUUGUGGCCCUGGUGGGGGGAGCCCAUCUAUCGCAAUGGCUGCUAUGUGGGCAAGACCACCAGCAGCGCUUACAGUUACACCCUGGAGAGGCAUGUCUGUCUAGGCUUUGUUCAAAACCUGGACCCCGAGACCGGCAAGGAGCAGCUGGUCACCCCAGACUUUGUCAACCGGGGCGAAUACGAGAUCGACAUUGCGGGGCAGCGCUUCCAAGCCAAGGCCAAGCUGUACCCCUUCAGCUCCCUCUUCACCUCCCGCCGGCGCAAGGACGAGAUGGAAUUCAGCGGCUUCCAGGGAAAAUAAUCCCGCAAAGCGCCAGACUUUUCCCACAUUGCUCUUUGGACUUCUUAAGACUUCCUGGUCUGUUACAUUUUGUAUAUUUUAACCCUUUCCCUUCCUUCCUUCCUUCCUUUCCCAAAGUGAUCCUGCAGCUCCCAAUCUAAAGGGGUAUUUAUGACGGGGAGGUGCGACCCUCCAUUUCCAGAGCAAGCAGCGACUUCUCUGGUCCCUCAGCUGUCAUGGAGAGUUUGAGGUCUGGGGAACUUGGUGGGAUCCCCUUGGGAUCUGGAAUGGCCUGCAGAUUGAGACCUGUUGCUCACUAGGGGCGCCUGCUAACGUUCGCUCACUUACUGGCCCUGGCCCUACCAGCUACCCUUCAAGAAGGGUCAAUAGAAAUGGCAAGAGGAUUAUCUCAUCUUUAUCUCCAGGGCAGGAGAUGGUGCAGUCUGUGAGCAGGAGGCUCUUGGUAGUUGUGGCGUGCAUCUGCAUCGAUCUAUGGCAGGGGUCUCCAACCUUGGCAGCUUUGCUGGCUGGGGAAUUCUGGGAGUUGAAAUCCUCCAGGAUUAACGUUGCCAAGGUUGGAGACCCCCGAUCUAUGGGACCACGGAAGUCCCUCAGAUAGGAAUAGAGCUGCCUGAUGUUACUUAUCUCCUCCUAACAGCCCUCUGCUCCCUCUUCAGGAUCUCUUUCAUGAGAGCUGCCUCUCAGGUCGUUGUCCUGUCACAGCCAACUCCAUCUUGGGUGCCCUCCAGAGACGUGGACUUCAGCUCCCAGGAUUCUCAGCACAGACAUGGGAGAUAAUGAGAGACUGCAAGGCAGCAGGGCUGGAGGAAGCCCUUUCCUUGCAUAUCUGCGGCUUGUGCAAUAGACGGGGGUGGGGGUGGGGGUGUCGAGACUUUGGGGUAAGCAGCGUGCUUAGUAAUUUUUAAGGCUAAUCCAACAUGCAGCUCGCUUUGGGAUCUAACCGUUGUUCCCCCUCAUCCCCACCUCCCCGAUCUAAACUAUUUGGCCGAAAAUGAUGCUAGUGCUGUAGCUCCAACCCUGGUGAUCAUCUCAUCAGCAUGAGGUUGGGCAAUCGGCAACCCACCUGGAGACUUCCUUCCCUGUCAUUUUUGGAGCUCCAAAGGCCCACCGCAUGAUGACAGCGGCAAGGUUCUGCCACAAACCAAAAAGGCCGCCACAGUGCAGCUUUUUGCUUGGUGGGAAGUGCAGAUAAGCAGUGAUGAAGUCUUCUUGUAGUGCUUCUGGCCGGCUUAAUGCUUUGCCUCUUUGUCUCCUAUCCUGGCCACCCACAGCGGGGCGGGUGUGUGUGUGUGUCUCAGCAAUUCUUGGCCAGGGAGACUGGCUCUUUGGACACCUAGCCUUGCCUCUUCUCUCGCCAAGAGAAUAAACGCCAUGCUUCCUCUUCUUUCCUCCUAGCCAGCUCGUUCACUCUAAUCCUCCUCUUUUAGCCUCCCUCUGGAUGGAGAAGGCUGGGGAGGAGGAGUUGUGGAAAGUGGUUCAGUUCCAAAGGUCUCUUCAUUGGCUGCCAGCGAUGUUUGGAUGGGCUCUUCUCCUUGCCCUUCCUUUGCUCUACCUGUGAUCUCUCUCCUCUGCCAGUCAAGGUGUGUGUAGCACCUGCCCCUCUGAACCUGCCAGUUUCCCAUCCUGGGAUGAGCAGUAGGGAAGAGUGUUUUCCAAACAUCUCUUUGUGAAAAAUUCCCUUUAUAGGGAUUUUUGUCUCAUCCUGAGAGUCUGUUCAGGCCUUGUUUACGACCCAAGGUGGUAUCUUCAGGCUCCGGGGACGAGGGCAGUUUGGAAGCAGCACCGACUGAAGCCCAGCAGGGUCUGCUGAGAAUAGCUCAGGGGCUGCCCAGAGACCCUCAGCCUCUCUGUGCCUCUUCCUUUCAGGCUGGCUAGGCUGCAGCACCCUGAAGGCUGGAAAGAGGGGCAGAAGAGCUGGCCACUCCCAUGGGAGAAUACUGGGCAGGAGGAUCAGAGAAGCCUCUGGUGACAGCCAGCCUUCCCCAAUGGGUGCCGCUCGGGUUGGGUUGCACUAUAGUUCCCAUCACCUAUCCCCGUUGAGGGGUCUGUUUUUUGCCUAUCCAAGCUCUUCCCCCUUUGUCCUUGUGCCAAAGAGAUGAUCUGCUUCGUUGCCUUUUGCAUCAUCAGCGUUGCAAGAGUUUGAGUGAAGACCUUCCGCCCCCUCCUCACUUUUUGCACUGCCUACCAAGCUUCUCCCUGUGUGUUUGCCCGGGCUCACGUUCUCCUUCCAGAACCUCUUCUGUGCAGUUCUCGUCUUUCUUUGCCUUCUGGCCUAGCUGCCCCUCCCUUUUGGGGAAAUGCUGGAGGACUCCUGCCGGGAACCACAUGUCCCUCUGCCGCCCGCCUUCCCUUGCAGCCCCUUCCUCCUUUGUCAUUCUCCGAUGCACUUUAGGAAUGUUCCGCUCCUUUGGCGUUGAAUGCCCCUCCAACCUGGAUCUUGGGUUUCCUUCUAGAAUUCGCCUCCCAAAUCGAUGGAGGGAAAGAUCAUUGUUAUUAAUACGUCGUGAUCAUUUACGAAAACUGAAAAGCUUCCCUGGGCAGCUACUUCCACAUGGCCUGAAGCUGAGGAAGCCGCCGCUGCUCCUCCUCUUCAGAGUGCCUUACGCUCGCGAUGUGACCACGGAGGGCUUAGCUCGGCCUUGCCCUCUGCCCCGUCUCAGCCAGUUUAGUGCCUAAAAGCCUUGGACUCAUCCGGACACCAUUGGCUGAGACAUAGAAAACCCUCCUGGCUUUGCAAGGUAUCUUGGCAGACUUCGCUGGGGAAAUCUGCUUGUCUGAACUCCGCAGGUCUUCUUCAGCAGAUUGUUCCCGGCCUGAAGCCCCCCCAUGGGAGCAUCAGCUUCUCCCCACCCUCUACCAGUUCUGCCCUUCUCCAACUGGGAAGCUGCUGCUUCAGCACACAACCUAUCUGCAAGGAACUCCUGUCCCAGAGGUUUGUUUUUUUUGUAAAGGCCACCGUGUUUGUACAUCAAUAAAGACUUGAUUAGCUACAAAUGCCGGCUAGUCUGGAUGUUGGUUUUGGAGUAUUCCAAAUAACUAGGCAGAGUUUGGGCUGCCAGCCUCUGCAUCUUGGGUUAGGGAGGGACAUUCCUGAGCAGCCUGUGAAUCCAGUGCUGGCUCAGUGCUCAUUUGGGAAGGAUGUGAGUGCUAGGGCAGGGGUCUCCAACCUUGUCAACUUUGCUGGCUGGGGAAUUCUGGGAGUUGAAGUCCGCCAGGCUUAAAGUUGACAAGGUUGGAGACCCCUGGUUUAGAUACUCUGCCUUUGGGGGCUCAAGCGGCUAAGCAGCCAAGUUAGGAAUAUGCAGCGGAUGAGGAUGGGGGCAGCUCUUUGCACUGCUUUGGCAUUUGGGGAAAAGAGCAGCCCAUUAGCUUCAAAAGAUGCGCUCGUCCUGCCAUGCACUGGAGCCCCAAUAGUUGAUCGGCAGAAUUGCAGCCUCAGUUUCCCACAUGUGCCUGCUACGCAUGUGACCAAGUUUCUGAAGGGUCACUUUUUCAUUCAUAAAGCAAUCUUCCCAUGAGCCCACCUUACAAAGAAAAAACAAUUUUGUUCUUAUUUGGACCUACAGUAGUCAUUCCACACUGUUGCCUUAAAUUAAUCGACUACGUAUAAUAACCAGCCUAUGUAGUCAUCUAUGGGUCUCUCUUGGGCUAACUCAGAAAACUGAAUUCAAGACACCAUGCAUAGGUAGACCUAAGAGUAGAACUAGGUUGGUUUGCAGUGGGAGGGAAACAAAUUGGGACUCUUUUCAAUUAACAGCUCAGAAACUUACAGGUAAUUUGCCAGUCGGAAAAAGUGCUGUCAGCUGUCUGGUUUUUAACCAAGGGCAGUUGUGUCUUGCAAAUGCAGCUAUGCUAUCCCUGCCGCUUGAGUGCACAAGAUGGGCACCUGCGCAUUUGGUUAAGAUGACCGUGACUGAGCAAUGCUUCUCAAAAAGUUGUGGGCCUUGGAUAGCAUAGUUGUGGUUGCCACCAGCUUUUUUGAACACCUGUUCCCAAAGCUUAUGACCUUGUUUCCAAUCUUGAUGAUUUCUUCUCCAUCGGAUGACUCACCACAAUUUUUUAUAUCAGCCAAAGCAUUUGACACAGGAUGAUGGCAAAACACUGUAUUUUAAUAACUAUCUAUACAUCAAAUUUGGUUUGCUUAUAAACAGGGUUCACUUGUAUUGUCUGAGCGAGGCUGUUUUAACCCAGAUGCCUGUAAACGAUUCCCAGCCAGGAUGGGAGGCAAGUUAUUAAAAAACAACAACACCAAACCAAUUUCUGCCAAAAGGUGUCACAGCCACCCAGCUCUUGAUGGAAUGUAGUGAUUAUGAUGGUCCAGAAAACUAUCCGUCUCUCUUCACCCAAAUGGGGAAUAAAUGCUAGCAGCGUCCUCUUGGACCUGGCCAGAAAGGUUGCAAUCCUGAACAGCUCUUUUUACCCACAUCCCUUGGCUGAAUUUCCAAGCUCUGCAGAGUUUCAUGCCAUUUGGCCUUCUUGUGUUUAAAAGCAGCACAAAAACUUGCAUUCAGGCUCCAUCUGAUAAAGCUCCUUGACCCUUCCUGG